UAGAUAUUGUAAUGAAAAAUACAUAUAACAUUAUUCACUUCAAUGUCUAUACAAAAAAAUAAAUCUGAGCGAGUGCGUCAUCCAUGCGCAAAGUUGCAGAAGUGUCAUUCUACGAUAUCCAAGUGGUCGCCAUAUUGGCUGCGUCCUCCAUCCGUGACGUCACCCGGACAUUCGCAAAUGAAAACACGCGGUGCACCCUAACUAUGGGAGACAAACGCGCCCCUUCGGACACGGAAGCUCUUUUUGAAAAGGAGAACACCACACAAGCGAGUGAAGUUACCGGGGCGAUAUUACACUAUUGUUUCGAGCCCUCGGGGCAAUAUUACACUAUUGUUUCGCGCCAUAUUCAGAUGAUAUGCGAUCACGGCCAAACCGCAUCCCCAUCCGAUCCACUUCCGUGGCGGAGAUGAGCCAUAGCGGCUCAUCGCAGCCAGCUGGUGUGGCUUAUGACGGAGCCGAACCGGCUGCUUAAGGGGGGUGUUCACAGACGCUGCAGUACUAAGCAACACAGUCGAGCCGGGGCGCUUUAUGGACGCACGCAGCUGAGUUCUUCAGGGUGGCCCCCGUCCCCAAAGCCGACGCGCAGCCUUCGCAGAAGCAGUGACCACCGAACACGGCGCCUCAGCCGGUGAGGCUGAUUUUCUGCGGUGUGGUGGCAUAUAAGGAGGCGGUGGAGCCGAGCCAUGCUGCUUUAGGGAAACCACUGUGCCUAUGUGGUCCAGAAGAACAUCACGUGCACCAUGCAAGAUGGAGUGGCGACCUAUGUGAAAGCGGAAUAUACAACCAAGUGCAUCUGGGGACAGAAGUGUCCUGUUGUCCUGUACAGAACAUAUUAUAAACCAACAUACAAAGUGGGUUACAAAAUAGUGACUGAGCUGGAGUGGAGGUGUUGCCCUGGCUACUCUGGAGACAACUGCUACGACGGACCUACCUCAGUGCCUGACCUGAUACCUCCCUUCAAGGGAGCAGCUUUACCCCAUCGCCCUGGGAUAAAUGGCGUUCCCCAUGGUCCAAGGGUCCACGUUGACCAGAGGCCUGGAGGAGCGCAUCUGGAGCCGGGCAAAGUCUACCCCAAGUUGCCUGAUCGCAGACCAAUACCCGGUGAACAGCUGCCUGUGGGAAAUGUCAAACCUAAUUCUGGGCACAAAUUUGGGAUUUCUGGAGUGAGUGGUGAACGUUUGGACCGUAUGGAGGAUGACCUACGACGUCUCACUCAAGGCUUCAAUACUCUCAAUGGGAUGGUGGCUGGCCUGGAGGAACGACUGCGUACGUCUCUUCGGGAAGACACCAACAAGAUCCUGGUGUCGCUGCUGCCCAAUACACCACGAGGGCCUGACUCAGCUGUGGGAUUCGGGGCCAUCCCAAUCGGAAAUCCUGGUGGACUUGGAGGAGAAGAACGCUUCAACGGAUUUGGGGAUCUUGCAGGGAGGGUGACGGAAGUGAAGGAUGAGCUACGAGCUAAAACUCACAUAUUAGAGGAGAUUCAGGGAAUGGUCUUGGGCCAUGACGGGCAGCUCAAGAGACUGCUGGAAGGAGCACGAGGAAGGCCAAUUCCCAGCCCCGGUUUAGCUCAUCUGGACAGCGUCCUCGAGGACAAGCUAGCUGGGAUCCAGGCUGAGAUCCUGGACGGAUUUGAACGCCGACUCUCUCGUCUGGAGAACGAGUGCGAGGAGAAGAUCGGGGAAGUGCAGAGACAGUGCCAAAGGGAGCACAUGGAUGGGCAAGAACAAAUGCAGCAAUCCCUUGAUGGAAGAGAAACUGGGCUGAGGGCAGAGUUGGGCUCGUUGCAGGCUCAGAUCCAAGGCCUAACACUCACAGAGAGCUGCUGUGGACAGGUGAACAGCCUCUCUCAGCGUGUGGUGCUCCUAGAGGAGUCGGUCAAAGGUCUCACAGAGUCACAGCGACAGCUCCAAUCAGCACUCACCGAGCAGAGCAUUCACAUGGAGACGCUGAUUGAGACCCGCUUGAUAGAACUCGAAGGCCGCCUAAAUUCUACAGAAGGCGGAGUGGACGGCCUGUCAGGAUUCCCCGGUGGCCUUGAUGGCUUCAAGAACAUGCUAGAGGACAAGUUGAAGUCUCUGGAGGAGAGGGUGUUUGUAGCUGUGGAGGAGCUGAGCAAUGCCACGGCACCAGCGCUUUUAGAGGGCCAAGUGGUACCGCCACUGGAAACAGAUAUUGAGUCCAUGAGAAGAAGAUUAGAUGGAAAUAUCGAUGGCAUUGAAAAACGCCUAACUGGACUGGAGCUCCUGUGCACCUCCUCCUGCUCACCUUCCACUUCUCCAACAGGGGGUGUCAGAGGGAGUGAAGUGGAGGGGGAGUGUGAGGGCAUAGAGAAUAAGAUGAUCAAUCGUCUGGACACUCAUUCAGAUCAGCUGGACCUUCUGAACAGCACACUGAAGAACCUACUCUUGCGGACCGCCCAAGAAGAAGCAGGCGACUCUGUCUAUGGUGAGAUCACCCUGCUGAAGGUUAACAUCAACUCAGUGAACCGGACUCUCAAGGGACUGAAGGACUCGAUUAGUUUCAUCGCAAGUGAAGUGGGUCACGCCAACUCCACAUGGGAACAGCGAGAACAGCAACUAGUCAAUCAGGUGCAAGGAAUCACCAAACUCGUGGGCCACCAAGCCUCUCUCCUGGGGGCCGGGGAACGGCGUUUGGCCCAGCUCAAGGGCGAACUUGCAGCUUUGAAAAAACAGCUCACCGGUGGGCUCCAAGGCUGUCAGAGCACAACCAAAGAAGUUCAGAAGGAGGUUCAGGACGUUGAUAGCAGGGUGAGCCACGUGGAGGGCCAAUGCAGCAGCUUGAGCAAGCUGGCAGAGCACCUGGAGAGGAUCAGGGCUGAGCUCGAGAGACACUCGGAGUCCUACCUGGCUCAGGUGAACGGCCCCCUCGCUGCCCAGUCGGAGUGGCUUGCUGGGCUGAAAGGGGACAUCAAAGACAUUGUGCCAAAGCAUCAAGCAAGCCCUAAAGUAGACCAGUAGCAUCUGAGACCCAACCACUCGAAAGAAACAAAGAAAGGACAAAAGAGGCUGAGUUGACAUCUUCAGCUUCUCCCCGCUUUCAAUUUCCAUCUGCAGACAUGCAAAUGAGUUGCAGCGGUGAGACCCAUUUUCCAUAAAUCCACCACCGCAGUGUCUCCUGAUGAUCUGCUUCAUGAAGUUCAGCCAAAUGAGGAGACCCAUACAAACACAUUUCAAAGACACAACUAUGGCUGUGCAACUGGACUUAGUUUGAAUCUUUGGGACUUUUUGCCACCACUUUUGUCAUCUUUUUAACUUAUGUGAAGUUGAUAUUGUUAUGGUUUGUUUGGAUUACAAAUGUUUGUGUGAGAAUGAAAAGGAAAUGAAUGAAAGGCCCGGAACUAAAAUGUCGCUACGGGUUUUUCUUGACGAGCACACUCAACACCUUCUGUGUGGACAAUUGUCUGGUCUUCAUAUCAAUGUGGUGCUAUUUACAAAUUUGUAAACGUCUGUUUGUACACGUUUAAAAAUGUGCAUUUCUCCACUGGUAGUUGUAUGUAUUUGUUUUGAUUGCUUCAGGUUUUAAUGAACUUCUGCAAUGUACCAUAAGGAUCGGAGACAACACAUUAUUGACUGAGAAAUAAAAUACCACA